AAGAUAAGUUUCGUUUUUUAAAUUUUUUACUAAUAUUCUUACUAUAUAGACAACAAAAGCGCAACAUGUCUGCUGCCGAGAAACGUGCUUCGUUUGCACGUCGUGCUGAAAGUCUUGUGGAGCGGGUGAGAUAUAUGAAAACCAUUAUAGAGAAAUAUGUUGUAAAUACUGAAAAAAGCGGAGAUCUGACGGUCAUUGUACAGGGUGAUUUGACACAACAGGACAAACGAGCAGUUUUUAUAACUGUACACGAUUUGGGUUGCAAUCAUAAUUCGUUGCAAGAGUUUGUUAAUAGUCCUUGCAUGACCGAAAUAAGAGAACGUUCGUGUUUUCUACAUGUCGACGUACCAGGUCAUGCAGAUCAUGCUGAAGCAUUACCAGAGAGCUUUCAAUUUCCAUCAUUAAAAACAUUGGGUGAAGAUUUGGUGACAGUCUUGGACUUUCUGCAUGUAAAAUAUGUAAUUGGUUUGGGAGAAGGUGCCGGUGCCAAUGUAUUGGCACGUUUUGGUUUAGCUCAUCCCACACGGGCAUUGGGUUUAAUAUUGAUUAAUGCUACUGGCAGUGCAGCCAGUGUAAUGCAAUCAUUCAAAUCGAAAUUAAUCCAAUGGAAGAGCGAUGAAGUCGCUCAAUCUGCUGAGAGCUUCCUAAUGUAUCAUAAAUUCGGUCAUGUUAUGGAGCAAAUUGUUGGUGAGAAUCCAGAUAAAGAUAAGGUGGUUACUGAAUAUCAAAAACGUUUGCAUGGCUCCUUGAAUAGCAAAAAUGUUGGCCUCUAUGUUAAAGCAUUUAUGAAUCGUAAAGAUUUAACAUUGAAAGGCUGCAAAGUAGAUGUUAUAUUGAUUACCGGUAUGUUAAGUCCUUAUGCUUCAAUGGUGGAGAAAUUACAUCGCGACAUCGAAAAGGAAAAAGUAACUAUGCUAAAGAUCGAAAGAGCUGGUGACGUUUUGGCUGAUGCGCCGGCCAAGGUGGCCCAGUCUAUAUUAUUGUUCUGCAAAGGACAAGGUUUGUUGACCUCUGUGGUUAUGCCCGGCGUUGAUCGCGGUCGCGCUUUUUCUACCAGCUCCGGCUCCUUCGAGGGCUCGAAUGGUAGACGCUUGUCUAGAGGGAUUUCUAUGGAGGACUACGAUAAACCCAAUAUUCGUCGUUUGAGCAUAAUUAACAACGAUAUUAAGAAGUAAACAUAUUGCGAAAUUACGUACACAUGCAUAUAUAUUACGAUAUAAGUAGAAAGUUAACACUUGAGUGUACUGCAUAUUGUUUAAUAUACGUGCGUAAACACAAAGUUAUGUACAACAGUUAUUAUUUAAGAAAUCAAAAAUAAAUAAAUUUUAAAAAACGCCAAAAGCAAAGAACCAAAACGAAAAAUUAUAAAUAAAAAUCAACGAAAAUUUUAAGACAACUAUGACACUUAAAAAGAACUCCAUUUGCAUUGAUAAAAAGUGGGAUCUUCUAAAUGAAAAUACAUUUAUGAAAUAAUAA